CUCUUUUGAUAAGCAUCGUGGCUUGGCCCCCUAACAUAUCCCCUGUUUUUGACCGUGCUAGAGAAAAACAAUCGCCACAAAACUCCAGAAACCUAACCGAGAACACAUCUGAUCAGCUCGAACAGUUUAGAAAACAAUCACUGCAUCUAAAGAACUUGGUUGCCUUACAAUGAAUUUCUGGUGAUAUUAUGUCCGCGCUUGGACUAAAAUGGACUUGCCACUGACUGGACAGACUGGUGAUUCAGUACUCUCGUGGUGUCGGUCAACAUGGCUUGGUUCUGGUGCCAAGAAUUAUGAAUCCGUGUCAGUCGUAGGUCAUGGUGCAUAUGGGACAGUUUACAAAGGUAUCGACAAAAGGAAUGAUGACAAAAUUGUGGCACUUAAAGAGAUCAAGAUCCAGCCUUCUGAGGAGGGGGUGCCACUCAGUACAAUCAGGGAGAUUGCCAUGCUGAGACAGAUUGAUAAGUGUCAACACCCAAAUAUUGUCAGGUUGUACGAUGUGUUCCCCAGUGCGAGCAAUGGACCGGAGACGAGAAUUACCAUGGUGUUUGAGUUCAUUGACCAGGACCUGUCUUCAUUCCUGGCAAAGGCAGGACCUCAGGGGUUGUCUCCAGAGACAAUUAAGGACCUGAUGAAACAGAUGUUUGACGGCGUAUAUUUCCUCCAUUCUCACCGAAUCGUCCACCGCGACCUGAAACCGCAGAAUAUUCUUGUCACAAAGGAAGGUCAGGUCAAAUUGGCAGAUUUUGGUUUGGCAAGGGUCUACAACUCGACAAUGGCACUGACAUCUGUGGUUGUCACUCUGUGGUACCGGGCCCCCGAAGUCCUCCUCCAGGGUUCAUAUGCAACCGCAGUCGAUAUCUGGAGCUGUGGGUGUAUCUUUGCUGAGCUGUAUCGAACAAAACCUCUAUUUUGUGGCCAAUCAGACAUAGAUCAGCUCUUCAAAAUAUUUGAUGUGGUUGGACUCCCAGAUAAGGAAGACUGGCCAGACAAUGUGUCCAUUCCAUGGGCAUCGUUCACCGGCAUGCCUAGGCAGAUGUGGGAAAAUGUCAUUCCAAACAUGGGACCCGAGGCCAUUGACUUCCUAGAUCGCAUGUUGUGCUUUAACCCUUUCAAGAGGAUCAGUGCACGGGAAUCGCUAAAAAAUGUCUAUUUUGUUGGCGAAGGUCCAUCAACGGCUGAAAGUGACAUGGCAACGUCCGAGGAAGAAUUAUCAGAAAAUUCAUUCUCAUCAGAUGUAGAUUCAUUUGAUGAGACAGGAGAAGGUUCAGACGAAAGUGGAGUCGAAGGUUUUGUUGAAAGUGACAUGGAAAGCGAGGUUCAAUUGGAUAAUAAUCAGAACCCUGUGCCCGGAACGAGUGGGAAAAUGGACAUGUUAGAAACCCCAAAGGUUCGACUGAUGGUAAAUCCUUCGCUUGGGACACUGGGAGGUCUGUUGCCUGAGGCUGGUGAAGGGAGGGAUGAGGUCGAUGGAAGUCUGAAAAAAGGCAAUUAUGUAAAGAAAACUGAUGAGGGGCCGGCUGAUAAAACGUUAGUUUGUGAUUCUUCCUUGUCCGCCGAUGAGUUUUUAGAUGAUGAAGUUCGUUUCACUUUGGUCAACAUAGCAUCCAGUGUAAAAGACUCUACUCCUCAGGGGUUAAGUUCUACAGACACAGGAAUAUCUAGCCUGGAUACGGUGGAUGGACUAAGCUGUCUUGAGGACCGUUUCUCCGAUUCGCCUGCUGAUGUAAACAAGGGGAGGCUUAAACAAGAUGAUAGCAGAAAAAAACAGAGCAGUUUUGUUGCUGAAGAAAUAGCAGCAAAACUCGAUGAACCGCUUGGGUCAGAUGUUUUGGACGCUAUCGCUGGACUUUGCAGUUUAGAGUCUAGUUUCACUGUGCCUACCACCACACCAGUAAAAAGAGGCAAGACUAUGUCUACAGGUUACAAGAUUGGCGAAAACUCCUCAGAGAGUUCAAUGAAGACAACUGGUGCCUGUAGACCCAGCGAACUAUCACUCACAAACGUCACUACCUCAAGCAUUGUCAUGAAACAUAAACAACUUGACACACAAACAGAUGGUGCUGGGGACCCCUCAGGACCCUCAUCUACCUCUAGCAUUGUCAUAAAACAUAAACAGCUUGACUCACAAACACCUUGUACUGAAGAAAAGCCCUGUAAAGAUGGUGCUCUGGGGCCUUCAGAAUUAAAUCCUGAAAAACGUACUUCAAAAUCUUCAGAGACACUCACUGAGCAGACGCUCAAUGAAGCAUGUAAAAUUUCAGCAGAUACGUUUAACAACAACAAAAACACGACACACCUGCUGGAGAUUGCUGAUAAUGGACCUUGUGACCUUGUUAAAGAUUCCACUUCCUCAACAGGCUCAAGUGUUAGUGAGUCCCCCGAAACGGUGGUUUCAGCCGAUGGUCUUGACAGCUGUGACAGAGAACGAGGUGGCCAGAGUUCGAUCAAAGAUGCGAAAACGGCUGUUCCAGGUAAGGAUUCCUCUCGCGGUUUCAAAGAGAAAUCUGAGGAUGCGGAUUCUUUUGAUACCGUGGAUGGGAAUUCUGGGGGGAACCAGAGCAUUUUGGGUAUGAUGGUAGAUACUGCUCCAUCUCUCCAUGAUAAAAUCCCCACCAACUUGGGCACUCUACGUUCUGAGGAGAUGCCAGGCUCCAUGGACAAUGAGGUGGGGGAAAGUUCGGCUGGGAUUGCUGGGGACAAGCUUGACCCUAACAAACGAUAUAGAGAAAAUGAUGAUAUGACAAAAAAUCGGGCUAAGAGACGCCGUACAAUUUGUAGUGCGACAGUGGAUAACUCUUGAGUUGAACUGAAUGGAUCAGAGAAGCAGCGUGAUGAUUAGCAUGCCGGUACUCUGGUACAGGUCAGAGCUGGUAAUAACUGCUUCUUUACAUUUCCUGAUUUACCAGUGGUACCUGCCUGGCAACGACAUCUGUUUGCCUACUCGGCCCCUUCAAAUGUAGAUAUAUUGGCGACCAGGAUAUUUGCUUCUACUGAUGAUAGAUCAUGGGCAUUGUUAGGGUGUAUAAAUAACCUGCCCCCCCCCCCCUUUUUGGUGGAACAAUUCAAUUUCCUAGCACAAGUCUUUUUGAUUGAAAUUGUUUUAGACCAGAAAAAUGGAACUCGAUGCUCUAUGUUCUUGCUUGAAUACUGCUAUUUUCAGUUUUUAUAAGGAAAGGAUGUGUAAUUUGCCUGCAUUUAAACUGACUUUAUUGAUAAAGAAAUGUUUUUUCUUUUCUCUUUUCAUAAGGAUACCGAUGAAUUAAUACUAUGCAUUUGAAUAGCUGGUGACUUUUCCCAGCCACUGCUGCCUUGUAUUUUUGCUAUAGAAAAUAUACAUGUGUAUUUUAAUCUGCCAGUGUUAUACCCUCAGUGAGUUUUUCACUACUAAAGCUGUAUUUCCAUUGGGAGAAUACUACCUGGUGCAUUUGUUUGCACAACAAAUCCUCCUUUUUUGGAGCUGAUCUGGGGCCUGUUGUUCCCUUGGCAUGAACAGUAACAUUGGUGUUAGGUCCCAAAGCUACUAUUGUGGGUGAUAUUUCCUGAAGGAGACAACAAUCAGUUGGGCCAGCACUGGCUUUGUUUCUCAUGCCGAUUGAGCAACUGGGCCCUCGAGUAUGAGAUGGGUGACAAAAUCACUGCCUUCGAUUAUUUUUCAUGCAUUUAUGACAUAUUUCUUCGUAACUCUAGAAAUUCGCUGUAUUUUUGCUUUCGAGUGGCUGAAUGAUUUAAUUUUUAUAGAAUGUAUUUAUGUAGAAAAACGGAUGUGUUUGAUGUAAGGGAAGAGACAACAUUAAAAUCCUGGCAUCUCUGGCAUGCAUAUCCUGGCUUCGUGGUCCUUGGUGUUCAUUUCAGGGAAUUGCUGAAUAUAAAGUGGAUGUGCUGAAUAGUUCAUUCAUGUGUGCAUCUGUAUUCUUUGUAUACCUUUUUUAGAACUGUAGAAUAUGCCGAUAAAAUAUGUGUCUUAUGUGGUGAUAUUAUAGCAUUUUGGCUCCAUAUUUUUCCACGGUCUGUGGCCCAGAAUGGCUGUUGUGAAUCAGUAGAAAAGUAUCAGUAUUUAAUUUUCGACCAAGAGUGUCCAAUCAGUUUCUUCUGUACAUUGUACUGAAACUCGGAGCAAAACCUUUUCGUAAACUAAGCAUUUUUGAUAUGUUUUGAAACGUUUUUUAAUGCGAUUUUGCACGUAAAUUAAUAGAACUAUUUUGAUCUUCAUGUAUAUAUUUUUUGAUCAUGAACUGUGCUGAUUUUGUCCUUAAAGUCAAAGAGAACACUUAUUUCCAAUUUCUCUUGAUAGGGCGCUGUAGACUCAGCAUUGACUCACACUACCUUGCAAUUUCUCCAUAUUACACUUCCGACUUAGAUUAAAACCAGUUGCAUUUGUACCAUUUAUAUCUUUAUAUAACGUGUAACAUAAUUAUUUGACUUAUGAUGAGGUUAUGAA